CUUGCAUUGCAACCUCUGUCCAUCUCUUCCCCACUACGCAGUUCGGCUACCAAACGAAAACCCUAGCCGCCGCCGCCGUCGCUGCUCUUCGUCGAGAUGGGAGGCAAGUGCCCGCACCGCAAGGUGAAGAAGCGCCGCCUCUCGCACAAGACGGCGCGCCGCGGUAAGUUCCUCCUCAAGGCCGACGAUGCCGUCUACGACGAGCUCGUCAAGCUGGCCGACCAGGGCAAGGACGCUGAAGGCAAGGAGCUCCCCGUCGACGAGGACCUCCCAGGCAUGGGACAGUUCUACUGCCUCCAUUGCGAUCGCUACUUUGCUAGUGAAAGUGUGAAGGAUGACCACUACCGCUCAAAGCGCCACAAGAAAAGGGUCAAGGUAAUGUCUGGGCCAGCCCCACACACGCAACUUGAUGCUGAACUUGCUGCUGGAAUGGGAAAGCCUGACAAUGGCCUGAAGCUUAUGUCCAUGUGAAGGAACCUCUUGUUAUUAGUACUUGUUCCGUGUUUUCGUUGCUGUCGUACAUCUGAAGCUGCUUUGCUCAGUAUUAGCAGAGUUAGUAGAUGGUUUUUAUUGUGCACAAGACUUUUGAAAGGUGGGGCUUGAUCAGGAGGGGGAGUUGGUUUUAGAGAGGUGUCAGGGGUCAAUGUUUGUAUCAUGAAAUCAUUUACCGACCCAUACUAGUAAUGAUGAUGUCUCGUAUCAUUUGGCCUCA